AUGUCCACAGACGGCGAACAGGGCCCGCUGGCCAGCAACGAUAAUGGCGAAGGUGCCCCAGCUCCUGCGGUACCCGCAGCACCAGUCGCACCCGUGCGAGAAACCAACGAAUAUGUGAUCAGCAGAUGGAUGGACCGAAUAUAUCUCGACUACCCUCAUCUAGGGAAUUCUCUGGCAGUCACGAUGAGGGAGUUUGUCAACAUUCUUGCAACCAGGAACACGGACGCUGAUAAUAGUUGGUUGUGGGACAAUCAGCUGGACUUGGCUACAGUACUCUUGGCACUGGUUGAAAAGAAGCGGCGCGAUAUACUCAUUAUGCCAGCAGGUGCCGCGACUAUACUGGCUGGCGUUGGCCUGUGUCUGACCAAUAAAGAAAAGUUCAAAACUCUUGACCGAUCGAUGGAGUCUUAUAAUACGAUGACGCGAAAAGACGUCCGAUGGAUUGUGAUUCCAGUAACGAACGGUAUGGCUAGUCCACAGGAAGUGGAACGUGUCAAAGCCGCGAGAGCCGAAGCCAGGGAGGCUAAGAGGAACAAACAAGCCGUAGAACAAGAGCGGAGAGUCACAGAAGAACCCAUACCAGGGCAAUAUGCGAGUGUUAUAGAUGGAGAAGGUGGAGAUGCGAGAAAUAAGGAAGAGGAAGAGGAAGAGGAAGAGAUGCAAUCUCGCAGCGGCACGCAUUGGGGGUUCAUGGUGAUCGAUAAGGAAAGAAACGAUGCCCGAUGGCUAGACGGCCAUGUCGACGUAAGAAAGAAAGCUAACAAGCACUGGUAUAUACAUAAAAUGGUUCGACAAGGACCGGCGUGGGUUGCUGGAAAGAUUCUCUGCGGAUACGACAAGGUUAUGGAUCUAGAGCGUGGAGGGUUCACGGCAGCCACACUCAAACACGUCCCUCACGAUACUAAGAAUAACAGCUAUGGAGGUGAUGAACACUCGGCAUGUGGCCCAUGGGUAUACUCCAUGCUCAAAUACAUACUCGAUAACGAGAAGUUCCUCACCGAUCCGGGCGGACUUUACAGUGCGUUCAGUUCGAGAUAUAGGAGGAGACAUUCACAAAAAAUGGCGUUCAACUCGCUUCAAACACGUAGGGAUAUGCAGGAGAUUAUUUGCAAAGAGGCUGAUAAGAGACUGGGUGCGGAUGACUUACCGUACAAAAUGAGUGCGCGCAUUGUGCAGAUCCUAGGCCUUCCUAGUACUGGUCAACUAUGCGAUGCGGUCGCAUCCUUGAAUCCGAGUCGGAGGGCCUCGCCUGGACCAGAUGGCAGCAGAAGCUCAAGAAAGGGACCAGACAAUGAUGAUGACGGAAGUGACGACGGUGACGAUGGCUGGCCAGACGAGCAUGAAGGAGUCUCGCGUGCCGACUACCAGGUGUAUUUACAAGAAGGCGAGCCAUACUCCAGGAAACGUCUGGAAGAUGCCGUAGUUGCGUUCAAACAGGGCCAGACUGACCUUCAGCGCAACUUCCAACGAGGGAAGCGUGGAGUUCUUACGAAGAAUCCAGAAUACAAGUUCCCUCAAGGCUUCAGCAAAGAUAACCUACCCGCAUUCGACCAACUGAAGAUGGACAGUGAGGAGCCGUGGUACACAACAUAUGAAGACGACCUCCUCAAGGUUGACGACCAUAGAAGCCUUGCUCUUCAAACAUCCAGAGCGGUGCUCCACAGCAUAUUCAAAGGUAGCUUCAAAGGCGAAAACGCGGCGGUUCUCCGAGAUUACCUGAAAGAUGCGCAUGCUUUCACAUUUCCAGAACGCUCUCAAAACUGGACAUCUGAAACUAUCGCAGAACGUCUAGACCAGACUUACUUAGACCUAGCUCUGCCAUUGUUCGCUUCUUUUUCCGACGCAAGCGUAGACAUCUGGGUCAAGAACUUGCAUCCUACUGCGAAGAGGGUCAUACAAGAUGCCGCACGUGUCACUAGGUACACUAUCGCCCGUGGACUUCUGUAUCGCCUUUUCGUUGGCGAUUUCACAGACAUGACGGACAGGGAUGUCGAUAAGUGGCGCGCGAACGAUCCUCAAAUGUUAGAAGCUGGGAAGCAAAACCGGGAGGUCGCGAGAUGGUGGUUGACAUGGUACUAUUACCAGGGUGAUGCGAUGGAGAAGCUGCCGUAUCUGGCAGAGAGUCCACUGCAUUGGCCGCCACGUGAGCAUCGAGAGGCGCAUGGGCAGAAGAGGAAGAGACGAAGCGAUGAAGUUUAUGGAGGUAAUGCUUCAAACGCAGGCCAGCCUUCGUCCGACCCUGACAAUGCAUCUAAUGUUGCGCAACCAGAUCCGAAAACUAUCCAGUGGGCCACAAUCGACCACGCUAUGCUCAUGAAGCAUGUGAAAAAAGAAAUUCGAGAGGACCCGCGGAUUGGUGAGCUAUCGAACGACUACACGUACAGAGCCAUUCUCUUCGUAAGAAACGGUGGCAAGUUCAAAGAUGAGAAAGAACGUGCUGUUAUCUGGAUACGUGAUAUCAAUGUCUUUACGCUAGGUCACGAGGAUCAAACCCCCAAACGUGACAUCUUUCCCACGAAAGAUGGCAGGCUGGUCAUCCGACCCACAUCGGAAGAGAUCUUGGAGCGAAUGAAGGAGAAGUAUGAGAAGGCCUCUAGCGAGCCUGCGUCGACCGCUACAGGAACACCUCAAGGACGACAAACUUCUAGUGGGUCCCAAGGAUCUCCCGGACCUACAAAUCCUCCAAGAUCUUCAAAUCUUCCGAGGUCUCCAAAUCCUCCAAGGUCUUCAAAUCAGCCAAAGCUCCACGAUGCGGAGAUACUUGGAGACCUGCUUGAAAUGUAUCCCCCAGACUUCACGUAUCCCAUAAAAGCACGACGCCAGGAGUGGAUCAAAACUUUUCCGCCCAAAAUGGCUGCUCGUAUCAAGGACAUGGAUGAGUGGCCACAAAAAGCUGUUCUUCAACAUCUUUUCGGUGGUUUCAAUGCGAUACCCCCACAGCACAGGCGCAUUUGGCGAGAGAAACACCCUCUAUUGGACGAUAACAUGGCAGACGACGAUGUGGCUGGCGCGCUGAGAGAUACCGUCAAAGAGUUUGGUAGUGAGGGCGCAUUAAAGAGUGGAAUUUUGUACUAUCCCGAUUUCUACAUGGCGUGGUUCGAAAAAGAACAUGAGGAAUUAAUAGAGACGUUGAUCAAUGCUAAGAAAGACAGCGGAGAUGGCAACGGCCAAGGCCAAGGCGGCAGAAAAGAGUAUGAAGAUCUCUCUGACGACAACCUUGAGAGCCUCGAGGACUUCGAAAGCGACGGCGCAACAACACAACUAAUAGGUAAAGCCGCUACUCCAGGUGCCAAACGGAAGCGUGCCGAGGCAGAUGCAGCUGCACGGGCAAAGAAGAGGCGUAAGGGCGAAGCCCCAGAGUUCCGCGAUAUGGCAGAGUCUGAUCUCGUCCUUUGGGUCAAGGAACUUCCGUCUGGCUUGAGAAAACCACUGCUUGACGAUAUUGGGGGGAAGUUGAGAGAUUCGAAGGCACAUUACACACGCAUUUACCUCGAGCGCAUUUACAAGAAGACAUUUCAGACUUGGGCUGCCGAGAACCCUUUGACUACUGAGAGCGUGAAAGAGAUCAGGCUAUGGAGGAGAUUGGGAAGAUUUGACACCUGGGACAAGUACUCCAGAAAGAACGAGCAGGGUCUAGAAACAUUUUGCGAAGAGCAGUUAUUUCCACAAACGAGAACGAUUGGAGAAGGAGAGGAGGCAAAGAGGGUGGAUCUGCCGGAUUAUAGUAAUGACAAGGAUAAGUGGCCGAAGGAAUGGAAAUAA